AUGGCAUACUUCGGAUGUGAAAAAUGCGCUCAAAAAGGGAAGCAUGAUGGCGAGAGAAUCAUGUUCCCAGAUGUCGAUGCCCCACUGCGCACCGACGAAGAGUUUAGAGAUUGGGCACCAAGUUCCUGCAAGUUCAACUGCAAGCCAUGCUCGCUGAAUGUGCGAGAGCACUGGAAAGUGGCCGGGUUCUGCAGUUUUGUGCUCUACUUUGGACCAGCGCUGCUCCGGAAACAUCUGGAGAAGCAGUUCUACACGCACUUCAUGAAGCUCAGCAUUGCCAUGUCUAUACUAGCCAGCCCCAAGUUUACACUUGCACAGAUCUUGCAUCUUGGAGAGUCUCUGUUGAGACGGUUUGUCUCUGAGGCUGGCACCCUGUACGGGAAUGAAAUCUAUGUAUACAACAUCCACUCCUUGAUUCCCCUGGCACAGGAUGUCCGGCAGUUUGGCCCCGUGGACACAUUUUCAACGUUUCCUUUUGAAAACUUCCUUGGGAAGCUGGAGAAGUUGAGCCCGUUGUCAAAGAGCGGCUCAUGGAAAGUCCUAGGAAAGGUUCUCAACCAGACCCAUGUCCUCGCAAAGUGUCUCGGCACCGUGACUGACACUAAGGCUUCAGAAAAAUCGGCGGAUCCGGAGAUGGCUUGCACAAUGUGGACUUCGGGAUCAACUGGAGACCCAAAGACGGUGCAGGUGCCCCACUCUUGCAUCGUACCAAACGUGCUUGACUUCAGGAAGAUUUUCAACAUCACGCCGGAGGACGUCAUUUGCGGGACGUGUCCUCUGAGCUUCGAUCCCAUUGUGAUACAAAUCUUCUUGGCGUUGACAUCGGGAGCGACCCUACUCCUCCCGUCCGAUGUUAUCGGGGAGACACCUUCAGAGAUUGUUAAACUUGUGAAGGCCCACAAAGUUAGCUUCCUGCAGGCAACUCCUAGCUUCUACUUCACCAUCAGAGCCAACCUUCUGAAGAAAUCCCUGCUGUCCCAGGACACGAGCCUUCGAAUCCUUGCUCUGGCAGGCGAAGAGUGUCCUCCAGCUUGCGUGCUCAAACGCUGGAAGGGCAACGGAAAUGCGACGCAGAUGUUUAACUUGUACGGCAUCACCGAGGUGUCGUGUUUUGCCACCUGCCAAAAAAUUGAUCUCGGAGCAAAUGGCGCUGUCCCCCUCGGCAAUCCGUUAGCUGGAACCGUACUCGAACUGCGGAAGCAUUCAGGGGAAGUCAUUGAAGAAGGGGUAGGCACGCUUUUCCUCGGUGGAACCGACCGCCGGUGUCUCGUGGGCAACGAGACGUGGCAAGACGUCGACCCGGUACUCCUUCGAGACUCUGGCGAUCGAGUGAAAAAAUGCGGGAACGUCUUCACGUUCCUUAAUAGGAACGACUCCAGUUUCCAGUACAAUGGCCGAAAGGUGCGCGGUGAUCCCGCGACAGCCAUCCUGCUCCGCUCGCCUUCCGUCGAAACCUGUCGAACCCACUUCUCGAAGGGAGAAAGGAUGCUGUACAUCUUUGUCACGCUGUCGCCCGGUUGCGUUGCCGAAGACGCCCUGCCCUCCCUGACCAAGAGCAUCGAGACGGAGUGCCUCUGCCCGUUCGAAAUCGUGGUGUUCAGCUCGUUGCCGCUGACGAGACACGGUAAACUCGACCUUAAGGCGCUGCUCAAAACAACUUCAGAGAAGAUGAAUCAUGCUGCUGCAUAUAAUCGGCUUCUGUCUACCCUGUGGAAGAAAUUCACCACCAGGACAACGGAGAGCAUGGAUCCGCAGGAAAACUUUUUUCAGCACGGAGGUAGUACCUUGAGGGCUUCCACCAUCUGUCAAGAGAUGGAGUUCGCGACAAAGCACCCCCUGCCACUUUUGGGCGGCAAGGUUUUGCAUGAAACGUUCGGGGCGGUCACCGCUUACCUGAACGAAAUCAUCGAAGGAACCGGUCCACGAAAUUUCGGUUUGAAAGGUUAA